CGGUCGCGGGGCUGAGCCGCAAGCGCGGCUGGGACGUGGAUGCGGCCGCGGUCUCCCGCCCCGCCCCGCCGAGCUGGAGGUGUCCCUAGACAAGAUAUGAGAAAUGAGUGUGGGGCGUCGAAGAGUAAAGUUGCUGGGCGUCCUGAUGAUGGCAAAUGUCUUCAUUUAUCUGAUUGUGGAAGUCUCCAAAAAUAGUAGCCAAGAAAAGAAUGGAAAGGGAGGAGUGAUAAUACCCAGAGAGACAUUCUGGAAGCUGCCCAGCCCACCACGGGCAUACUGGAACCGGGAACAGGAGAAGCUGAACAGGUGGUACAAUCCCAUCCUGAACAGGGUGGCCAAUCAGACGGGGGACCUGUACACAUCUCCAAACACAAGUCACCUGAACUAUUGUGAGCCAGACUCCACGGUCAUGACAGCGGUGACAGAUUUUAACAAUUUGCCGGACAGAUUUAAAGACUUUCUCUUGUAUUUGAGAUGCCGGAAUUACUCGCUGCUUAUUGACCAACCGAAGAAAUGUGUGAAGAAGCCCUUCUUACUAUUGGCGAUAAAGUCCCUCAUUCCACAUUUUGCCAGAAGGCAAGCAAUUCGGGAAUCAUGGGGCCAAGAAACCAAUGUAGGUAACCAGACAGUAGUGAGGGUCUUCCUGUUGGGCAAGACACCCCCAGAGGACAACCACCCUGACCUUUCAGACAUGCUUAAGUUCGAGAGUGAGAAGCACCAGGACAUCCUCAUGUGGAACUAUAGAGACACAUUCUUCAACCUGUCCCUGAAGGAAGUGCUGUUUCUCAGGUGGGUGAGCACUUCCUGUCCAGACGCAGAGUUUGUCUUCAAGGGCGAUGAUGAUGUGUUUGUGAACACCCAUCACAUCCUUAAUUACUUGAAUAGCUUAUCCAAGAGCAAAGCCAAAGACUUGUUCAUAGGUGACGUGAUCCACAACGCUGGGCCUCAUCGGGAUAAGAAACUGAAGUACUACAUCCCAGAAGUCUUCUACACCGGGGUCUACCCACCGUAUGCAGGGGGCGGUGGAUUCCUGUACUCUGGCCCCCUGGCCUUGAGGCUGUACAAUGUAACUGACCGGGUCCAUCUCUACCCUAUCGAUGAUGUUUAUACUGGAAUGUGCCUUCAGAAACUGGGCCUUGUUCCAGAGAAACACAAAGGCUUCAGGACAUUUGAUAUUGAAGAGAAAAAUAAGAAAAAUAUUUGUUCAUAUAUAGAUCUAAUGUUAGUACAUAGCAGAAAACCUCAAGAGAUGAUUGACAUCUGGUCUCAGCUGCAAAGUCCUAAUUUAAAAUGCUAAAAUAUACAUGAGCUACAUUUCACAGAAAGGCCUAGCCUGAUUAGUUCCCAUCAUGUGCUUUCACAGUAGGUGAGUUCUGUGUGAGGCCGUUAGCCUUCCCAAGUAGGUAGCACCUAGGCCUCCAGGCCCUCGGUCUAUCCCUCACCUUGUGAAGAUAACUCAGCAUGGCAGAGUGAGUGGUUACCACUCUUCCUCUGGCUGCCGGUCCUCAGUUUCUAAUUUGUUUUCUUUCUCCUCCAGAAUUUGACCAUGAAGAUUUUUUGUUGUUGUUCUUGAAUGUGGUAUGCUCCUGUUUUCACUUUAAUGAUGGAGAUAUAUAUAUAUACACACAUAUGCCAGGUGUAUAAACCUAUUGGCUUAUCAAGAUUUUGUAGAACACAGCCUGGUGGUUUUGUGAAAUGGAAUUCUAUGUAUUUUCAUAAGAUUUUGAUGGAUUUUAAAAGUUGUCUAGAAAGUGGACUGACGUCAACCUUCCCUGUCACCCAGCAGUAUUGUCCUUGUGACUAGAAACCGUUACUGCGGUGCACAUAGUUCUUCUUGUCAGGGCUUAUGGCCAUUAGGACAGAGGAGAUUUUCUUUUACUUGUGAUUGGUUUCCUAAGUGGCAUCAUGGUAGUUAAACCUAAUUUUAGUAUUUUGAAAAUCAUGAGUGUGAUUCCCUAAGGGUCAACUGAAGACUGAGUGGCCCGACAGCCAUAUGGGUCUGUGAGUGUUCAGUGUGAGCCAGGAAGCAUUUGUGACUUCCGAACUUGGUAAGUGGUUUUUGUCAGUUUAAAACUCCAAGAUUCUAUUCUUGCCAUAUUAUCACAUGUAAUUCCUUAAUAAAAUUCUCCUGGAUAGUGACGCUUUCCUGUCUCAGUGUAGAAGUGCCUAUGUUUUUAUUUAUUGUUCAGAUCAAAGACCAAAACAUUUUCUUAAAAAAUAUUUUGUGUAAUAUUUUAUUUGUAUACAGUGUUGUUUGUGAAAUAUUUAACUAGAGCAUGAUAUUUUAUUUUUUUCUCAUUUUUAAUUAGUUCUUUGAGAAUUUCAUGCAAUUUGUUUUGAUUGCAUUCACCACCCAUCUCCUCCCAGAUCCAGCCCCUAGCAUGAUGUUUUAAAUGUUAAGCUGUAACAUGUUAGAUAAAGUUAACUCUUAUUUUUGAAUUUUAGAAUUUGGAUUGGGGGGGGGGCGGGUAUGACCUGCUAGAGAAAAUAAAGUUCUGCCAAAAUAUUGCUUAUAUCUUCUAUCUUGUAACAUGCUUUCUUGAAAUAUUUUUGUGCUUUAUUCUCAUCUGUGCUACUAGGGACUGGGAAAAAUGUGGAAAUAAAGUGAUUGUAUUUUUUAAUCGUCA